CGGCAGCAGCUCUGCUGUGGUGUUAGCUGUUAAGCUAGCUCUGGUUCAGUUGGUGAUCUGACAGCCUGGAGCUAAAGGCACGCACACCGCCGGGGCUCUCUUCCGGAUUAUUCUCCUUUGACAGCUGAAGAAGACCCUCUGAUGUGAUUUCAACUUGCACUGCCCAUGCUGCCACAGUGGGUCUGCUGUCACCAUGCUACAGAGAGAAGAAUGACAUUUGUCUCAUUUUAAUUCCUGGAGCUGCUUCGGACAGAGUCGAGGCCUGCAUAAAAAGCUGCUGCUCUAAGCCAAGUUGCUCUUUUUUUAAAUUUUUUUUUUUACUUAGCCCACUUCUUUUCCAGCUUGGUGUGCGAACUGUUGUGGCUCAGAAGGCCAACUAAGCAGAAGGACAAAACUAGUGGAUUAGACUGUGCACAGGGAGUGGGGAGUGGGGAGUGGACCAAGAUAGCAGGCUCAUAUAGGCAAACAUCAUGCAGAGGGGACAGUAGGGUCCCUGUUUGAGACCCCUUCUCUGUGGUGCUUGUUUUUUUUUUUUCCCCGCAGUCCCCUCAGUUUGGAUGGUUGAGCACAAGGGCUACUUUGAAGGAGACCACCGGUGGCUGUGGCUUGGCCGAAGCUGGCAGACUACAUGCCAGCUAUUGCUGAUUUGAAACACUUGUCCACCAAUAGAACUGCUGUAGCCUUCUUUGCUGCGGUCUCCAGUAUGGUGAGUGGAGGCAGGAGGCAUCACAGGACUGGAACUGAACCAUCAACGCUGGUGUAGCUGGUUACUUUCCAUCUUUUUUUUUUUUUCCCUGCACUGUGACGGAAUACAUUCCAGUUUUCAAGGACUUUACUCUCUGUGCUGGAAAGAAAAAACACAGCAGACAAGGUCAUUUCUUAAAAUUCAAACCCCGGAAAGAGGACUGCUGCAGGGGAGGAUGAAGCUAAGGAAACAGGUGACAGUUUGUGGAGGGGCCAUAUUCUGUGUGGCUGUGUUUUCACUGUAUCUGAUGUUGGAUCGAGUCCAACAUGACCCUGCAAGGCGACAGAGCGGCGGGAACUUUCCUCGGAGCCAAAUCUCCGUCCUGCAGAACCGGAUAGAGCAGCUGGAGCAGCUCCUGGAGGAAAACCACCAAAUCAUCAGCCACAUAAAGGACUCUGUGAUGGAGCUCACAGACACAGGAGCUGUGUCUCCCAGCGGCCACCUGCCUUUCAGAAGUGCCAAUGGUUCCUGGGUCCUACCCUUUGAUGGCCGUCCCACUUUCCUCGCUGUUAAACCCCAGGAUUGCCAAUUUGCUGUGGGCAGCCGUGGUCAAACAGACGUUCAGAUGCUGGAUGUGUACUCUCUCCUCAAGUUUGAUAACCCAGAUGGGGGUGUGUGGAAACAGGGUUUUGACAUUACCUAUGAACCUGAAGAUUGGGACAAUGAACCGCUCCAAGUAUUUGUGGUGCCCCACUCUCACAAUGAUCCAGGUUGGAUCAAGACUUUCGACAAGUACUUCACAGACCAGACGCAACACAUUUUAAACAACAUGGUGGUGAAGCUGGCAGAGGAUCCUCGCAGGAAGUUCAUCUGGUCUGAGAUUUCUUUCUUCUCCAAGUGGUGGGAGAGUGCAGACAUACCCAAGCAGGAGGCGAUGCGCAAACUGAUCCUUGGAGGCCAACUGGAGAUUGUGACAGGCGGAUGGGUGAUGACUGAUGAAGCUAACGUUCACUACUUUGCUAUGAUAGACCAGCUCAUUGAAGGGCAUCAGUGGCUGGAGAGGAAUAUCGGUAUAACUCCCCGCAGCGGGUGGGCGGUGGACCCUUUCGGCCACAGCGCUACAAUGCCCUAUCUGCUGAAGAGAGCCAACCUGACCAGCAUGCUCAUUCAGCGGGUCCACUACUCCAUCAAGAAACACUUUGCCUCCACCCGCAGCCUGGAGUUUAUGUGGAGGCAGAUCUGGGACACUGGAUCCAGCACAGACAUGUUUUGCCACAUGAUGCCGUUCUACAGCUACGAUGUGCCUCACACCUGCGGGCCUGACCCCAAGAUCUGCUGCCAGUUUGAUUUCAAGAGGUUACCUGGUGGUCGGAUAAACUGUCCCUGGAAGGUGCCGCCGAAACCAGUGGUGGAGGCCAACGUAGCAGAGAGGGCAAACCUGCUUUUGGAUCAGUAUCGCAAAAAGUCCAAACUCUACCGCAGCAAGGUGCUUCUCGUACCCCUGGGAGAUGACUUCCGUUACGACAAGGCCCUGGAGUGGGAUCAGCAGUACCUCAACUACCAGAAACUCUUUGACUACAUGAACUCUCACCCAGAGCUGCACGUACAAGCUCAGUUUGGGACUCUCACCGACUACUUCAGCGCUGUAUACAAAGCGAACGGAGUGGUCGAAGGAGCCAGACCUGCAGACUUCCCGGUGCUUAGUGGAGAUUUCUUUGCCUAUGCGGACCGUGAAGACCAUUACUGGACCGGCUAUUUCACCUCUCGGCCUUUUUACAAGAGCCUGGACCGAGUUAUUGAGUCACACCUCAGGGGUGCAGAGAUCCUCUACAGCCUUGCCGUUGCAAAUGCCCGUCAUGCUGGCAUGGAAGGGCGCUACCCGGUCUCAGACUAUGCUCUGCUCGUCGAUGCCAGGCGGUCUGUGGCCCUCUUCCAACACCAUGAUGCCAUCACCGGCACUGCUAAGGAGAAUGUUGUUGUUGAUUAUGGCACCAGAUUACUGCGUUCGCUUAUCGGUCUGAAGAGAGUGAUAAUCAACGCUGCUCAUUUCCUGGUGAUGAAGAACAAAGAGUUUUAUCGCUUUUAUCAGACAGAGCCAUUCCUGGAAACGGAUGACAGGCGUGCUACACAAGACUCCCUGCCUCAGCGCACUUUAAUCGAGCUGGACCCAGCAGGACCCAGGUACGUGGUUCUGUUCAACCCCAUCGAGCAGGAGCGGCUGUGUGCUGUGACUGUGUUGGUCAACACCGUGAGGGUGCGAGUGCUCACAGAGGACGGACAGACCGUCCCCGUGCAGCUGAGCGCUCAGUGGAGCUCUGCAAGUCAGAUGAGCGCUGAGGUAUUUGAGGCAACGUUCAUGGUCCGCCUGCCCCCACUUGGCCUAGCUGUCUUCCAUGUCUACGAUGCUCCUGACUCGCCCAUGACACUCCGCUCCGACACUCUGCUCAGGCUGUCCGGUCGAGGUGUCACUGCCCGAACUGGGGAUCCGCUCCCGGUCCGCUCCCAGCAGUCCGACCCUCAGACCUUCUACAUCAGCAGUCAGUCUCUCACUCUGGGAUUCUCUGGAACCACUGGCCUGCUGGAGAGUAUCAAGCGUAAAGAUGAUCCCCAGGAACUGAAGGUUCAGAUGCAGUUCAUGGUUUACGGCACUCGUCCCUCCAAAGACAAAAGUGGAGCGUACCUCUUUCUACCUGACGGGAAAGCGAAGCCUUACAACCAGAAGGAGCCUCCCGUGGUGCGUGUGGUGGAGGGGCCUCUCUUCUCGGAGGUGGUGGCACACUACCAGCACUUUCAGCAGACCAUUCGCAUAUACAACGUGCCAGGUGUGGAUGGGUUGUCUAUAGACAUCAGCACCAUGGUGGACAUCAGGGAUCAGACCAAUAAGGAGCUGGCUAUGAGACUCACAACAGACAUCCAGAGUGGGGGGAUCUUUUACACAGAUCUCAACGGCUUCCAGAUGCAGCCUCGUCACAACCACUUAAAGCUCCCCCUGCAGGCCAACUUCUACCCCAUGCCCAGCCAGGCGUACAUCCAGGACAGCAAUCACCGCCUCACUCUGCACACAGCGCAGUCUCUGGGCGUCAGCAGCCUGGAGAAUGGCCAGCUUGAAGUGAUUAUGGACCGGCGGCUGAUGCAGGAUGAUAACCGCGGGCUGGGUCAAGGCCUGAAGGACAACAAAAAGACUGCCAACCGCUUCCGCCUGCUGCUGGAGACGAGAUCCAUGGGCAACAAGAUGCAUGACACAGCAACAACCAGCUUCCCGUCAAUACUCAGUCACAUGACCAACGCCUUCCUAAACCACGAGGUGCUACCGCUGCCCGUCCUGCCCAAAAGACGCGGGAUCCCUCCUCUACAAACCUUCACUCCUCUCAAGUCCAUCAUGCCCUGCGACCUCCACCUGCUUAACCUGCGCAGCAUCCAGAGCCAGCAGGACCCCCUCUCUCCUUCGCCAUACACAGCUUUGAUUCUUCACCGUCUGGGCCUGGACUGCGGCCUGGAGGCUCAGAACCUGGGCUUCAACUGCACCACCACACAGGGACAGCUGAGCAUAUCCAGCCUUUUCAAGAACCUGGACCUGCAGCUGCUGCAGCCCGUCUCCCUGACUCUAAUGCAUUCCAGUGCGCCUCUGGCCAACGACUCCACCAUCAGCCUGGACCCUAUGGAGAUCUCCGCCUUCAAGCUCAAGCUGCGCUAAAAAAGCCGUCCUCACGUGACAGAAGCAAUAACAACCAAAGACGGCCACAGACUGGGCGGCAGAGAGGGCCGUGUCUCUCUGUUUUUGUCGAGCAGAACCACAUUCACUUCAGCGCCGGGAGAGGACGGUUCCACUGUAACAGGACUGACUGCACAGCAGGGGGCAGGCCAUAGCUGUUACUGUGGAUGUCUCUGAGAGCAGCGAAAUACUAGAACUCGCUGGGAAACAAGAAAGACUACCAGGAUCAGACAACAGCCGGGAGAAUCUCUCUGUAAUCAAAAUGAAAUCUCAUUUAGUUCUGCUUUGUAAGAACUCAUUUUCUAUCUCUGCUCCAUCCUUGACUGAACUACUGAAUGUAAAUAUAUCCAAAAUGACCUAAGGAGAGGGGGCUGGGACUCGUGCCACAUCAGAGUGCAAUUUACAAAGCUUUAUUUGGUGAAUGAGUUUUUAAUUUUCUAUGUACACAGUGAAGAAGACACAUCACAGUGAUUAUUCUUUUUUUUUUUGUACUUGACUGCAAUUUAUUUUGUUCCCGACAGACUCGAAUGCAGCAAAGAGAAUGUGUUCUCUCUUCAUCUCAACCCGCCAUGCUGCAGCUCUUAAAGCUUAUGAUGUCCGAGUCCAAGAGUCUCACGUCAGUCACUGUGCGAUACAAAAUGCGGUCACUUCUCAUGUCAGACGACUGUUUACCUUCUGUUUGUAGAUACUUGACACUUUCUUUCACUUCUCUUCCUCCCCGAGCCUCGUCUCCGCUGAUGAGAAGCCUGUGGAGGAGGAAUCCGUGCAUUUCAAAGCUCCUGUCAGUCAUUCCUGUGCUCGUACUUCACUGCUGAGAGUUUGGCUGUGUUUACCACGCUGUAUGCAGUAGAAGAGUAGACAAAGACUAUACCUCAUUUAUUCCACACGGCAGAUAUAUCAGUGUGUGUGUGUGUGUGUGUGUGUGUGUGUGUGUGUGUGUGUGUGUGUGUGUGUGUGUGUGUGUGUGUGUGUGUGUGUGUGUGGCUGUAUGGCUGUAUGUGUGUAGAGUAUGUUGAUGUGAAUACUUGGUGAGAUUACAGUGUGCACUAUCAGGGACCAUUCACAGCACUGUUAGGUCUCAUAUGUUAGUCCGGGUGUGUUUGUGGAAAGCAGUGGGUCAUAUCAUGUCUGGAGGAAGGGUGCUUUGGAAGAGGAGAAUGAGUUUUUUCAUCUUAAAUAAAAAAAUGACACAUUUACGUCAGUGGUAAAGUGGAAAAGGGAGAGUUGCAGAAAGAUCUGAUUUUUUAGAAGUCUGCCUUGAGCUGUUUGCUUACAUAAUUGAUCAACCCUUGUUAAAAAAUGUCAAAAAUACUGACAUAGCUGCGGGCUAUUAAUGAAAUCUCAAAUGUGUUCAACCACAAAGACGCACACUCAUUUGAUGAGCAGAAAUCUUUAAAAAAAAACAGUUGAAAUGACUUAAGUCGCUGUCAAUUUUCUUUCUUUUGGUUUCAGCACUUUAUCAUCUCUUAGAUUUCUGCCAACAUCCUCAUUCAAUAAAUCUAAAUGGAAUACGAAUGUUGUGCUCAUUGCAGUUAUGUUUCGCCCCCCAAUUUGAAAUAUUUGACUCAACUUGUGGUGAGAAGCAGUCAUGAAGUUGACAUUUUGGUUCCUAUUCUGAGAAGAUUUUGAGUGUGUGGAUGAAAAAGGUGGAAAAAAAAAAAAUCAAAAGAUGAAGUAUUCUCAGCCAGGAGAUGUACAAAAAAAGAAGUUCUAUUUUGGGUGUGAAGUUAAGGUUUCUUUCAUCAGACAAUGUGUUCCACAAAAAAGCAGCACAUAAUGAAAAUCAUGCUCCAAUGCAAACAAACCAAGAAAUACAUUGUCUGCUCAUGUGCAAUCAGCAACUUCUUCCCAAAGUACCAGGUUGCAUUAUUUCCUGCACAUAUGAGACAGUGAAGUAUGUUAAAGUCCUGUGUGUUAGCAGUUAAAACACUUUGUAAUUGGGACACAGCAUUAGAGUGUGCGUGUGAAAACUGUGGGUGGGACGGUGUUUCUGGAAGGAGAUGUUGCUGUUAAAUUUUUUAGAUGUAAUUUUUAAAAAAGCUGCGAGCGCUUUGAGUCAAACUCUAUUCAUCUCCAUCGGUGGUAAGAAAUCUCCAGAGAGCGAUUUCUCAAAAAGCUCAACACAUGAAACGAAAACUGUCUGCGCUUCAAGACACGACUAAAUUACUUGAGAGAGAAAAAUGUGUUAAUUUGGGUGAAAUGGACGUUUUUAUGAAGAUAUUGAAUCAAGACCGUCACAGGGCUGCCCAGUUUCUUCAAAUGGAGACUUUUUUUUUCCUAUUAAAGCUCCACAGUGCUUCUUCCCCUGAGGCAUUUCCCUUCUUUUUUUUUUGUAUUGGUGGCGCGUCUGUGGAGGAUGUUGUCAUCUGUGUCCAAAGCUGAGGCUGGACUCCUCACAGCAUCACCUGUGUCACACUUUGUGCUGCACCACCGUCCUUCCCCCCACUGUGUCCCUUCACUUGUACCCCUGAUCUGCUUCAUUCUCCACGAAGCCUCCCGCUGCUCCGAUACUCUCCUUCCAUCUAGAAUCCAAAGUUUAAUAAAUUCUCUUUCACAUCCUCUUUCAGUAUCCCUGCAAAGCUGGAGUUGACUGCUUCUCAACUUGUACUUCGCCCUGUCGUCUCAUGACCGUGCCAUGACCUCCUGUCCCUCCUUCUCUGUGUCUGAGUCUGUAUUUUUGUCUUUUACUUUUUUUUUUUUAAAUGUGAUAUCUGUGUAGCGCUGUCUCUGUUUGUUCAGAGGUAAUAUAUGAAGACGAGGUCUGGCCUGUAUUUGCUAAUUCAUGAAGGAUUAAAGCUGCAGGGGAACAGGAGAGAUGAAUAAAAAUUUACUUUAUCUUAAA